AUCAACCAUCUUCCCUCGAUUCACCCAUCUGCGAACCUGUCACUUUUUGCGUCUCGGCAACGAUAGCACAUCGACGGGGAGGUAGACAACUAUUCUCUGAACAGUGACAUUUCCUUGGGCCAGUACUACGUCCGCCGCCUUCGAGGUCUCGCCAUCGCCACUGCUGUCGCCACUGCCAUCCGUGUCUUGGCAAUCGACUCCCCUAGAGUUACACACACGUCCACGCACACACGUUCACGCACACGCACGCGCAAGAGAUCAACGCCCAAGUAUGAUCUACGUCUACAAACGUGAUGGCCGCAAGGAGGCAGUCAAAUUUGACAAGGUCACGGCCCGUGUUGCCAAGCUGUGCUAUGGCCUGGACAUGAACUAUGUCGACCCCAUCGAGAUCACACGAAAGGUCAUCGACGGCAUCUAUGAGGGUGUGACCACCGUCGAGCUCGACAAUCUCGCCGCAGAGACAGCUGCAUACAAAACAACCACUCACCCUGAUUACGCCGUCCUCGCCGCUCGCAUCGCCAUCUCGAACCUUCACAAGGAGACGCGCAAGACAUUCAGUCAGGUUGUCAAAGAUCUUUACGACUACAUCAACCCGAAAAAUAACCGACACAGUCCAAUGAUUUCUCAGGACGUCUACGAGGCCAUCAUGGAGAACAAGGAGCAGCUCGACUCGGCCAUUAUCUACGAACGCGACUUUCAUUAUAACUUCUUUGGGUUCAAGACGCUGGAGCGAUCCUACCUUCUUCGUACCAAUGGCAAGGUAGCCGAGCGCCCACAACACAUGCUGAUGCGCGUUGCUGUCGGUAUCCAUGGCCGAGAUGUCGAGGCGGCCAUUGAGACGUACAACCUUAUGAGCGAGAAGUACUUCACCCACGCCUCGCCUACGCUCUUCAACGCCGGCACUCCAAACCCACAAAUGUCUUCUUGCUUCCUUGUGACGAUGAAAGAUGACUCAAUCGAGGGCAUUUACGAUACGCUCAAGACGUGCGCCAUGAUUUCCAAGACGGCUGGCGGUAUCGGGCUCAACAUUCACUGCAUCCGUGGCACUGGCUCCUACAUUGCGGGUACAAACGGUUUCAGCAACGGCAUUGUCCCCAUGCUCCGUGUAUUCAAUACGACGGCUCGUUACGUCGACCAAGGUGGCAACAAGCGGCCGGGUGCCUUUGCCAUUUACAUUGAGCCCUGGCACUCGGACGUUUUUGACUUCCUGGACCUUCGCAAAAACCAUGGAAAGGAAGAGGUUCGCGCUCGCGAGCUCUUCUACGCCCUCUGGAUCCCCGACCUGUUCAUGAAGCGUGUCGAGCAGAAUGGCGAAUGGUCGCUCAUGUGCCCAAAUGAGUGCCCUGGCCUCGCCGAUACGUACGGUGAAGAAUUUGAGGCUCUCUACGAAAAGUACGAACGCGAGGGCAAGGUGACGAAGACGAUCAAGGCUCAAAAGCUCUGGUAUGCCAUUCUCGAGUCACAGACCGAGACGGGGAACCCCUUCAUGCUCUACAAGGAUGCUGCCAAUCGCAAGAGCAACCAAAAGAAUCUGGGAACCAUCAAGUGCUCCAACCUCUGCACCGAGAUCAUCGAGUACAGCGCUCCUGACGAGGUGGCCGUUUGCAACCUAGCCUCGAUCGCGCUGCCGACGUUCAUCGACCAAGGAACCAAGACUUACGAUUUUCACAAGCUGCACCAGGUCGCAAAGGUCAUCUGCAAGAACCUCAACACCAUCAUCGAACGUAAUUACUACCCCGUUGAGGAGGCCCGCCGUUCUAAUUUCCGCCACCGCCCCAUCGGUAUUGGCGUGCAGGGACUCGCAGAUGCCUUCAUGAUCAUGGGCGUACCCUUCGACUCACCCGAGGCUCGCAAGCUCAACGUCCAGAUCUUCGAGACGAUCUAUCAUGCCGCCCUCGAGCGCAGCUGCGAGCUGGCCGAGCAAUUGGGUCCUUACGAGACCUACGAAGGCUCGCCAGCCUCCAGAGGCGAGCUUCAAUACGACAUGUGGGGCGUCUCGCCCUCGGAUCUAUGGGACUGGGCUACGCUCAAGAGCAAGAUUGCUCAACACGGUCUGCGAAAUUCGCUGCUCCUGGCCCCGAUGCCCACGGCUUCGACAAGCCAAAUUUUGGGCUUCAACGAGUGCUUUGAGCCCUAUACGUCGAACAUUUACACUCGGCGUGUCCUUGCUGGUGAAUUCCAGGUGGUGAAUCCUUGGCUCCUGCGCGAGCUCGUCGAGCAAGGUCUCUGGAAUGAUACGAUGAAGAAUCGUAUCAUCGCACACGGCGGCUCGAUCCAGAAUGUUCCCGGCAUUCCUGAUCGCAUCAAGGCUCUCUAUAAGACGGUUUGGGAAAUCAGUCAAAAGGCUAUCAUCGAUAUGGCAGCGGACCGUGGCGCUUUCAUCUGCCAAUCCCAGUCGCUCAACAUUCAUCUCUCUGCACCAUCGUUCGGCCAGUUGACGAGCAUGCACUUCUAUGGCUGGAAGAAGGGCCUUAAGACUGGCACCUACUACCUCCGAACCAGACCUGCCGCAAACGCUAUUCAAUUUACCGUCAGCCAGGAGGAACAACUUGCUGCAAAGGCUGCCAACAAGAAGGGAAAGCCUGCCAUCGCAGCACCGCCCGCUGUGGUCGAAUCUGCACCCGCGCCACCUGCUGCAAACAUCAAGUCAACGAUGGCAUCCAAGAGCGACGUCGAGGAAGCUACCAGGUCGGUUGGCCGCCUGGGCAUCGACGGCACCGUGACGCGCGAUGGCCCAGGCAAUGGAGCGUUGAAAGGAGGUGAAGAGGAUGUUCUCAGCCCAGCACCGUCUUCGGAGGCAUCGUCGCCAGCGAUUUCGGCUGCCGACGCAGCGUCGGGACCACAAGAGGACGAAGGGUACAAGAGAGCUUUGGAACGUCAAAAGCAGCGAGAGUACGAGGAGGCCAAGCUCAUGUGCUCGCUUGAGAACAAGGAGGCUUGUCUCAUGUGCAGCGGCUAGAAUGCUUCCGCCAUAGUCGAAAGAUUCCCUCUAACAUGUACUUUUUUAUACUCCCUUCCACGACCUGCUUAGCUUCCGUCUUCUCCUGUUUCGAUGUUGUCUUCAAAUCUCAAACAUAUGCUGAUUCCAGAUUAGAUCUGCUGCAAGAG